AGUCGUCUUGUCUUUUCUCUAGCAGAUCCUGCUGCCUUCACGCAGUGUUGUGCGCCUACGAGGAAGUCGUGUCAAGUCAGUCAAGGCUGUCGCCACAUCGUAAGCCAACGUUUAUUCCUCUACCCUCUACCGCAGCGAGUGCCACACCCUUCAUCUCAAUACUGCCUGUGGCCCAACGCAUCAAUAAUCCGACUCCUUUCCUCCACCUGCGAGACACGUGGACCGCUUCUGUCCCGCCUUGAUCUGUCUGACGGCUUUGGCGGCGCCGCUUAUCGAAGUGAUUUUCAUUUUGAUUGAUUGAUUGUUUCACACACACUCAAAGGUUGUCUGCGGUGGCGUACAAGGCACAUCUGCGUCUCCUUCCCUCGAGCCACCAAAUACCGCCUGCACGAUGCCGCGCAUCAAACGCUUUGAUGAGGUGGACACGGACAGCGACCCCGAGUUCGGGGAUGGGGUGCCGACGAAGAAGACGAUGCCCACCCUCAGCUUCAAGACCACAACGGACGAGUCGGACAGCAUUUCGUUCGAGUCGGACCACGAGAAGUCGCAGAACUCGGAGCACAGGCGCGCCCCCGCACCGCCCGCACCGAAGGCACCGCAGUCACCCGUCUCCCUGCCGGUCAAGCAUCUGCCAGCCGGAGUGGCGCCGCCGGCAAACUUCGUGAAGGCGAAGAGGAAGGCACCGCCCACCGUAGGGACCGGGUUGGCCGUGAAGGCGGCUCAGCAGCAGCCGUCCGCGCUUGCGGGGCAUUCAGCCGCAUCGGAAGCCGUCCCGACGAGCAAAACGACGGAGGCAGCUCCUGUCGCCUCUGCGUCCCCUCCGCCGGCGGCCGCGGUGCCCGCCUACCCGGCUGCCCCUGCCCCGUUGGAGCGUCCCGCGCACUCAAAGAAGGUCGCGGAGCCGACGCCGCCGACUCCGCUCCUGAACGGCGCCCCUCCAUCACCAGCGGCAGUGGCUCCUUCCUCGGGUGCCUACACCCCUCGCAUGACCGGCAACGGUAUCGACACUCCCCACACUCCGCAGUACCUCAACGGGCCUGAAGACUCCGAGCACGAGAGCGAAGACUUCGUGCAGCAGGUGCUGCCGGUGCAGCCACACCAGCAGCAGGAGCAGCCGGCCCGCCCACCACCACCCGCCGCGCAACGCCCACCUGUCUCUGGCGGCUCGCAGCUGUGGGCCAGCGGAAGCACGGACUUGGUGGAUCCAUCGCGGCUGCGCCCCGCACCGGCCGAGACGGCAGCGGAUGAGUUGCUGAUCCGUGCCCAGCUGCGGCUGGAGGAGCACCGCCGACUGGGCAACUCCGCCCCCCGCGGCGGCAGUCGGCAGCCCAGUCCGUGGAGGGGGGCACUCGCAGCUGCGCCGAUGUCCCCGCCGACCUCCACGGACCCGCGGGUGCGGCGUCUGCAGCAGGAGAACGCCCGUCUGCAGGACGAGGUCGCCUUCCUCGGUCGCGAAAAUCAAAAGCUGCGCGGCGUGCAGGGCAGCGCGGACGCGUCCGAGGCGGUGCGGCUGCAGCUGACGGUGGACAUGCUGCGCAAAAACCUCGAGACGAAGCAGGUCGCCUUUCAGCGUGCGCUCGACGAGGCCCACGCGGCGAGGAAGGAGACCCUGCGCGAGGCGGGAGAGGUGGCGGAGCAGUGCGAGAGCUACCAAUCCUCUGCCGAACAGUACAAACAACUCUACAGCGACAAGCAGCGGGAGGUGGAGAAAGUGAAGACGCAGCUGCAGGCGCUGCUCUACGACGUGAACACGAUGGAGCAGCGCCACCGCGAGGCAGAGGCGGAGUGCAACGAGAAGAUCGCCAACGAGCGCGAGAAGACGGAGCGGGCCCUGGCGCUGUUCGAGGAAGUUAAAGGACAGCGCGACCAUCUUCAGUUUCUAAACGAACAGCUUCGUGGUGAGGUGACGGCGGCGGCGGAGGCGAAGCGGCAGGCGUUGGAUCAGGCCGCAGGGGCCAACGAUGCGGCGCGGCGUGACCGCGCCGACUUUGAGCAGCGGAUGGAGCAGCUGAACCAAGACGUGGCGCAGCUGCGGAGGGCCUUGGCGGACAAAGACCGCGUGCAGGCUGCCCAGCUGCGCGAGGCACAGCAGUCACAGGCGGUCAUGCAGGACAGGCUGAAGGAGCAGGCGGAGGAGCAGCAGCGGGAGGCGGAGCGCAGUCGGCGCACCGUGGAGGCCGUCAAAGAGGACCAAAAGCGGGCCCUGCAGCAGGAGAGGGCCCGGCGUGCGGAGGUGGAGGAACGACUCAGGCGGGCGGAGGAGGAGAGUCGGGCAGCUCAGACGCGGUACGCCGCCGCGGCAGGGGCCGACUCCGAGAGCCGCGUGCGCAAGUUCCGCGAGGAGUUGCAGAACGAGCGCGUGGCGCGGGAGGAGGCGGAGAGGGAAGCGUCGCGGCUGGAGGCGGAGGUCGAGGAGCUGCACCACACCUCUGAAUACUACCAGCAAGAGUGUCAGCGAAUGUUGGCCAAUUUUGGCCAGUCGGAGCAGCUGCGCGAGAAGGCGGAGCAGCAGUGCGUCGCGCUCUCGCACACGCUGGAGGACAUGAUGGCACAGGAAGACGCACACGCCCGGCAAAUCGCACAAAUGCAGGAGGCGCUUUCUGUGACCCAGUGGGGCGCUGCGGGUGCCGUUGGCCGCGGGGUAGGCGCGGAGGGCAUGGUGGGCGAUUUGCAGCAGCUGUCAGACGAAAAUGAUCGCCUGACGAGUGAGUGCACGCGGCUCGCCGAGGAGCGCGACCACCUCAUCGAGGAAAACGGCAAAAUAGCGGAGGAGCUUCUGAAGUGGAAGCAUGAGAUGCGGCAGUACGUGGCGUCGCACGUGCGCUCUCCCUCUUCGCAGAGCCGCCGUCUUGGCACAAACGCAUAA